AGAGUUAUUUAUACAAUUGAUAAAAAAACACCACACACUUCCUGGUGUUUAUACUGGCAGUCAGGAACAUUGAUUCAGUAAUGGACGUUUUCAUGAUUAUCCUCUUUGCAGAGUUAUUUUAUUCAUAUGGAUAUGACGAUCUAUCAAAGGAUCAGUAUGCAAUACAAUCAACAACUUCAAAUUGUGUCCCGCAAUCAAAAUGUGUAGCCGGAAAUGCAGUUGACGGAAUCUACAGCACGUGUAUGAGGACAAACAUCAUUGGUACAAGUUCCCCGGACCAAACAGUGUGGUGGUCUGUGGAUCUUGGCAAUAUAUACAGCAUAUACAGCGUUAGGAUACUGUUUAAAGACUUUGGAUCUCAAUAUGAGAAGAGGCAACAGGGCCGUUUUGCAGGGUUUUCUCUGUAUUUAUCCGAGGCUAGUGUACGAGACAGUGACUCCCGUUGCUACGUGGACGGACCAGAGUUGCCUCCCUUAAACUUUACAACAACUUGUGUGGGAUACGGACGUUACGUCACCUUUUAUAACGAACGACUACAUGGAAAACAAUAUCCUACAGGAUACGAGACAUCACCUGUUUACAUUGAACUGUGUGAAAUUAUUGUCAAAGGCUGUCACAAACCGGGUGUUUAUGGAAGCAGUUGUAACAUUCCAUGUCCAGAGAACUGCCAGGAUAAAAUCUGUAACAUCGUCAAUGGAACUUGUUUUGGAUGCUUGCCUGGACGGACGGGAGCCUUAUGUGAAAAUAAUUGUCAACAAGGGUGGUACGGUCAGGAUUGUAAGAACCAGUGUUCAGGUUAUUGCAGGGGAAAGGCUACUUGUAAUCACGUGAGUGGUAACUGUGAUAAUGGUUGUGCUUCAGGAUGGAUGAGCAGUAAAUGUGAUAAGCAAUGCAUUGCUGGAACGUAUGGCUCUGACUGCAUCUAUAAUUGUAGUUGUCACUGUCAGAAUGACGUCAUAUGUAACAGAGAAACUGGACAUUGUGACAAGGGUUGUAAACCAGGGUACACAGGACAUUUUUGUAAUGAGUUGUGUUUACCUGGACGUUUCGGAGACCGAUGCGAAGAACGCUGUAGUGGGCAUUGUUUAAACGACAAAGUUUGUCAUCACGUGGAUGGAAUCUGUACAGAUGGUUGUAAGGAUGGAUACAUCAGGAAAUGGUGUAAUAAAUCAUGUGAACAUGGAUUCUUUGGAACAAAUUGUUCUGGUGCUUGCCCUGAAAAUUGUAUUGAUACAUGUCGACACACUGACGGAUUUUGUGAAUGUCCAGCUGGAUAUAAGGGCCCUAACUGCAAUAUAACUUCAGAUCGGACAUCAGACGCAGCACAAGAAUUCAAUCUUCCCGCUUCCUGGAUUGUUGGAUUCACCGUAUCUGUAACACUGAAUGUGUUUCUCGUCAUCAUUGUUUUUUUCAAGUUAAGACAAAGGCCAAUACAGAAAGAAUGUAACACUCGCCGUUCUGAUGUUGUACACUAUACAUCUACUGACUGCAUACAUAAUGAGAGUGAAGACACAUCAGCUGACCACCAAAAAUAUCAGGAAUUGAACCUGACCAGAGAUGAGAAUCUGUAUCAAGAAAUACAGUCCUAGUGCGACAUAACAAAAGAGAAAUCAGCCGCUUUGUAAAUGUAGAGCAGACGGAGAGCAAACGAAAAAAACAGACUUACCAAAUCUGUAUGGAAUGUUAAAGCAAUGAACAAGAAAGAUGUUGAUACCAUCAAUAAUGAUUAUUGUUGUACAGCACGAUAUAUUUAAGGAUGAUAUAAACCUUUUGAUCACAAAAAUGUGUUUGAAGGAAAUACAGAAAAUGACAUCAGAAUCCCACCUUUCAUUUUACUUUAUUGAAUUAUUGAUUAAAACAGUUAUAUAAACACUUAGUUAACAUAUAAUUUAAUGACAAAACUUAAUUCCAGUUCUGAUAAUUUAUGUAGUGUAUAUUUCAAUAUAAAAAAUUCAGGCGUGUCCACCCAUUCA